AUAAAAGGGAACGUUGCCUAAACUCAAGUAACUCAACACUCGGCAAAAUCAACCAAAAAUGUCUUCCCUUCCAUUGCUCUCUCUCUCCUUAAUCUUUUCAAUCUUCUCCUUCAUUGCUCAUGCUUCUGUUCCUCCCUCUGCAACUUUCAAAUACGUCAACGAAGGAGAAUUCGGUGAGUACAUUGUAGAGUAUGAUGCGAAUUACCGUGUCCUGGACCCUUUUGCUCAGCCCUUCCAACUCUGCUUUUACAACACCACUCCUAAUGCCUUCACUCUUGCUCUUCGUAUGGGCACCGUGAGGUCUGAAUCGCUGAUGCGUUGGGUUUGGGAAGCCAAUCGUGGCAACCCAGUCCGCGAAAAUGCCACCCUUACAUUUGGUACUGAUGGGAAUCUUGUCUUGGCCGAUGCGGACGGCCGGAUUGCUUGGCAGACUAACACUGCCAAUAAAGGUGUAGUUGGUUUCAAGUUACUCUCAAAUGGUAACAUGGUUCUUCAUGACUCAAAGGGCAAGUUUAUUUGGCAAAGUUUUGAUCAUCCAACUGAUACCCUUUUAGUAGGUCAGUCUCUAAAGCUUGGGGCUGCAACCAAGCUGGUGAGCCGGGCUAGUGAAAAGCAAAACGUGAAUGGUCCAUAUAGUUUGGUGCUGGAGGAGCACACUCUUGCUAUGUACUAUAAAAGUCCAUAUUCCCCAAACCCAUUUCUCUACUUCUCAUUUUCUGAAUUAUUUAGUGUAACGGAUGGUCCUUUGGAGAGUGUAAAAUUUGAGUCAGACUUCACACUGACAUUUCAAGGCGUAAAGUCUGCCUCCGCUGGCAGUCUUACUCUUAAAAGGCCAAAGUAUAAUACCACAUUAUCUUAUCUUCGGUUGGAAAUAGAUGGUAACCUUAGAAUCUACACUUAUGAAGAUAAUGCAGAUUAUAGUGCCUGGGAAAACACCUACACUCUCUUUGACAGAGAUUCAUGGGAAACUGAGUGUCAAUUGCCUGAAAGGUGUGGGAACUUCGGUCUUUGCGAAGACAACCAGUGUGUAGCUUGUCCAUCACCAAAAGGAUUGUUGGGCUGGAGUAAGGAUUGCAAGCUACCCAAGGUAUCUUCAUGUGGAGUGAAAGAUUUUAUCUACUAUAAACAUGAAGGAGUUGAUCAUUUCAUGAGCAAAUACAACAAAGGAAAUGGACCCAUGAAGCACGACACAUGCAGGAACAAAUGCACCUAUGACUGCAAGUGUUUAGGCUAUUUUUACAACAUGGAGUCGCUUAGGUGCUGGAUUGCUUAUGAUCUCAAGACCCUAACAAAAGUUGCCAACUCCACCCAUUUGGCCUAUAUAAAGGCAGCAAAUAAGUAAAUCUUAAGUCACUGUCAAGGUUUUUUUCUUUUUCUUUUUCUUUUUUUCCCCUCCUUUUCUGUGUUCAGAACUGCUCAGAGUUUCCUUCUUAUGCCAUCUCAAUGUGUUUGCAUCAGUUCAAUCCUCUCAAUUUGAAAUGUAAGUGCACUCCUUUGCUGUUUUCAUUAGUCCCUCAAUUUGAAAUGUAAUCAUAUUUAUUUGGAA